AUCAGAGAGAGAGAGAGAGAGAUGGAAUCGAAGCCAGUUUUUUACGACGUGGUUCCCUUUGUGGUGAUGGUGAUUGUGGAGUGCAUCGAAGUGGGCAUGACCACAGUAAGUAAAGCGGCCAUGUUAAGAGGGAUGAGCCACUAUGUCUUCAUCUUCUAUUACAAUACACUCGCUACCCUCAUCCUUCUUCCUUCUUUUCUCCUCACCAGAAACAAGAGGCCUCCUCUCACCUUCUCCAUCCUUUAUAGAUUCUUCCUCCUGGGCUUGAUUGGGGUAUGUUUGAGGCAGAUCUUCGCGUACACUGGUGUGGGUUUGAGCUCUCCGACACUUGCAUCGGCGUUGGGAAAUCUCAUCCCAGCUUUCACUUUCAUCCUCGCCGUCAUUUUCAGGAUGGAGAAGGUAGAUUUGAGAAGGGAAAGCAGUCGAGCAAGAGUAAUGGGGACCAUAGCUUCCGUAGGAGGAGCAUUCAUAGUGACUCUAUACAAGGGCCCACCAAUCAUGUUGAUCGAAGGGACACCGACAGGAACUUUGGACCCAUCUGAUCAACUACCAAAUCUUCAGUACUCCUCAGAACCAAGCUCAUCUAGUUGGGUCAUCGGAGGGUUUUUCAUUAUACUCACUUGUAUCUGCUCUGCUCUUUGGAAUAUACUUCAGGCAGCAACUGUGAAGGAGUACAAAGAUGAGGCGACCAUAAUAUUUUUGAACAGCUUCUUUGGGACCAUCCAAUGUGGUGUGGUCUCUCUUUUCGUAGAAAGGGAUAUUAGUGCUUGGAUAAUCAAGCCUGAUAUCGAAUUAUUUGCUAUUCUCUACUGUGGUAUAAUGGGGGGAGCAGUGGUGACUGCAGCGGUGACGUGGUGCUUAAGCAAGAAGGGACCUAUAUAUGUCGCCAUGUACAAGCCUAUUGGGAUCGUUAUUGCAGUUAUCAUGGGAAUUAUCUUCCUUGGUGAUGUUCUUCAUUUUGGAAGUGUGAUCGGAGCAGUGAUCAUAGUUAUUGGGUUUUAUGCUGUGAUGUGGGGACAAGCCAAAGAGGAAAAAAUAGUUGACGAAGAAAAUGGUGGUGUUUCAGAUCACUGUGGAACACCCACUCUAAGGGACCCUCUUAUGCCAGUUAUAUUUUUUUGACAAGAGGUCUCUCUUGCCAAGUAAAUGGAAGAAGACGUGUAAAAUUAAGAGAUCAGUCUGUAUCUCUCCAAAAUCACUUUUCCAGCAGAACCUAAGCUAUUACUAAUUCAGAGCCCAUGCAUGAGGAUCCGGCCCAUCGAUCCUUCGAGUGUCUCAUACAUUAUGGUUGACAGGAACUGACCAUCAGCAUCACCAACACAAAGAUACACAACAAUCCAUCACUGAAUUUAUGAAAAAAAACAUAUAUAGAAUAGCAAAAUUAAGUAGGACUCAUUCUUUUUUCACCUGCUCCGGUGAUCUGUGUAACUUUUUUUUUUACCUGUAGUUUUUUUAUGGUCUAAUAAAACUUUUUAUCGGAUUUAA